AUAUACAAAAAAGGAGGGGGAAAGAGGAGGAGGAAGAGGAGAGGUGCAUUUAUAUGAAGGAGAGGGAGAGUCACAAGGAUUGCCUAAACUAAAACGUGCAUGGUUUGCGCCUGUGUACCUUUGUCAUCAAUUCUCUUUUCUUUCUUGAAGCUCCUAGCUAGUUCCUCCUCAGGGCUUAGCAAUUUCCCUCAAGGCGAAAACCUAGCUAGUUUUGACAUUUUUUAUUGGUUUCCCUUGUCGGUCAUGUGUUGGUUUGAGAGGUUGAAGCUGCCAGCAUGAUCUGAUACAUACGGUUGCAUCAGGUCAUCUGGCAGUUUCAAUCACUCACUCCCCAACAAAUUAAAUAAAGAACUCAGAGAUGGUAUAUUCCUCAAGUUUGCUCUCUGAAAACUGGAAAUUCCAGGUAAAUCUUUCACUUUGCUCAAAUUUCGUAUCUGUUCUUAAUGAAUUUUUACUUGCUCCCUGCUAGACUGAAUCAAAUUUAAUUAUUCUAGGGAGAACUGGAGAAAACAGUUUUCCUACCAUUCUUUCUCUCUUUUUUUUGCUCUUUCUGUGCCUGUUUGUGUCUUCAUGUUUUUUUGACUUCAGUGGUAGCUAGCAUUAAGGCCAGAAUCAACAUAGAACAAAUCCCAAAACCAAAAAACAGACGCAAAGGUUAGAAAAAUAAUACUGGUAUCUCAUUAUAUAUUUUGAAUAUUUAUCUAGUAUCUUCUGUGUGUAAAAAACUGCCUUUUUUGAGAUUGAAUUUGACUAGGAGACAGAAGAAGAGUGAGUUUUUCUGUAUCUUUACUUGAUUAGCCAAAUAGUAUUAGGGGACCAGUUUUGGUGUUGAUGAAUUAUGACCCACCAAUAUUAUUCAUUUCAUUGUGGUGAUACCAUUCAUUAGUGAAUUCACUUGUAAUCUUCUUAAAUCAUAUAUACUGCAUUUCCAAUUAAAACUAAGAUAGUAUACUGAGUUUAUAUACCAAAAAUGAUUCACCGACAACGUUUGUUAACAAUAAAUCCUCACAACAUGACAUGAUAAUUGUUUUUACAUGUUCUUUUCAUUCAACAUGACGUGCGAAUCGAUAUACAUCUACAUAUUUGAUACUCAAGUGGCUGUUGUGACUAAUUGUUCUGGUCUUUUCCUUUUAUGUUUCUUUCUCUCUCUUUAAUGACAAACGGUUGAGAGAAUUUGAUGGGAUAUUAUGUGUGUUGAACUCCUUUCAGAAACAUGAACUAACUGAUGAUUUAAUUCCUGUCUUUGGCAUCAAGUGCUUUUUCAUUUUGCAACAUUAUUCACAGAGAAAACAAGUUUUUAGGUGUGAAUUAUUGCGUAUUUUUCACAUUCUUUUCACAAUUUAGCUAUACAAAAGAAAUUCAUCUAAGAAUA